AUGGACGAGAAGAAGUCCUAUCUCGACUCCAAGGACGCCAAAAAUGCGGUGGGAAUCCAUCGUGGGCCUCUGCCUGAGAACGGCGAGGGGUAUGAUCUCGAGCAUAUCGAGACGGCCGAUACGAUCACCCUAGAGAAGGUGAAGAGGACGCCGACACAGAAUCUCCGACGGCAUUGGGCUCGGUUUUGGUGCUGCUAUACUCUCUUCAGUAUUAUUUUUCUCAUCAUAUUCCUACCGAUCUUCUUUCUCCUCAUCAUCCCCGCCAUCGCGCAGCGAGUCGUGGACAACUCGACCCUGCUCCUGGUCAAGGCCGAUAUCAUGCAGCCACGGCCUGAAUCGGUGCAGAUGACGAUCGUGUCAGCGUUGAAGCUUCCGCUGGGAGUUCCAGUGCGCAUUGAUCCCAUGACUUUGGAUCUCUUCAACCGUGCCUCGCCUAGCGAUAAUGGCACAUGGGGGCAGAUGCAUCUGAAGGACUAUGUGAUCAGCGGGAACACUACUCUGGGGGUCGACAAGCAGUUCACUCCGUUGAAUGUCACCGAGUGGACGCAGUACGUGCACAACACUGUGUUCAUGAAGCAUGCGCCGCUAUCAGCGCGGGGGAAGACCACUGCGUAUCUGGGUCAAAUCAAGAACCACGUCACGAUGAACAAGGAUAUCCCACAGACCACCCUGAACUCCUUCGAAGGCUUCGCCAUCAAAGACACCCAGCUCCUGCUCCCUGCUCGCGACGACGGGACUAACCUCCUCGCCAACGCAACCCUACCCAACCCGUCCGUCCUCACCCUAGAAAUCGGAACCACCACCCUCGACGUCAAAUCCGGCGAUCUCGUCAUCGGCAACGCCACCCUCGACAACCUCAUCCUUCGACCAGGGAACCACUCGACCCCAGUGCACGGAAUGCUCGACCUCCGCAUCCUGAUCAAGAACCUCCGCAGCGUCCUUGCCACGCAACUCGAGUCCAUCCGAGACGGCUACCUAACGCUCGACACGGUCGGGAAGACGGUAUUCUACGACGGCACCGAAGUGCCCUACUACACGAACGUGAUGAAGAAACUCACCAUGACAGCGCAAGUGCCGCUCGGCGGUCUCAUCACCAACACCCUCCGCGGCGUGCUCCACCCAGGCGGGGGAGACAACAUCUUCUCCGACGCCGCCGAUAGCAUGAACAUGACCGAGGGGGGUCAGAACCUGCUCGACCAUAUAGCGGGUAAGGCACGGGAUGAGAGCAGCGCGGAGUCGUCGAUCCAGGCACGCGACUUCGAGGACCAGAUCUGGGAUGAUCUGGUGAAUGAUCCCGCGAAGAGGGACGCGAUAUUAGACGUGAUCGAGGGGUUGAAUCUAUAG